AAGGAACCUGAGGAGCCCGGAAGGCAUGACAUCACCGUUCCUCCUCCCAGCUACCAAAGGCGCCGCGCGCUGACCUCACAAACACGGCUUCUCCUGGUACGGGCUGGUUACGCCCUCCAGCUGCGCCCCCUACACGACGACAGACGCGUCCCCCAGCCCUUCUCCUGUCCUACCACUUGUGGCGGCCAUGAAGGGGACCCCCAGCUCCCUGGACACCCUGAUGUGGAUCUACCACUUCCACAGCUCCACCGAGGUGGCCCUCCAGCCGCCGCUUCUGUCUUCCCUGGAACUCUCCGUGGCCGCAGCCCAUGAAUAUCUGGAGCAGAGGUUCAGAGAGCUGAAGUCCCUGGAGCCACCGGAACCGAAGAUGCAGGGGAUGCUGCCUGCCCCGAAGCCCACCCUGGGGCUGGUGUUAAGAGAAGCCACAGCCAGCCUCGUGAGCUUCGGCACCACCUUGUUAGAGAUCUCAGCCCUGUGGCUGCAGCAGAAGGCACGGCGACUAGACGGCAGCGCGGGCCCAGCCCCAGACGGCAGGGAUCCGGGUGCAGCGCUGAGCCGGGUAGCCCAGGCCGCAGGGCAGGGGGCUCGGCAAGCUGGGGCUGCGGUGGGCGCCAGCGCUCGGUUCCUAGUCCAGGGAGCGUGGCUAUGCCUGUGUGGAGGGGUCUGCAGGGGUCUGCAGGGGUCUGCCUCAUUCCUGCGACAGUGGCAACAGCAGCUAGGCCUCGGAAUCCCCGGAGAACCGGUGAGCUCAGGACACGGAGUGAGUUAGGGGCCAGAGGCGGCGGGGCUAGGGAGGCACUGAGCCGGACUGUCCCCCAACAGAGCUACUCAGGUGACGUCCAGCAGCAGUGAGGAGGACGGCGGACUAGGGACUCCAUCCCCGUACCAGCCCCACCCAGCGUCCGAAUAAAGCCCAGGGCGGGGCGAGACAGCCAGAGCUUU